GCGCAGGGCUGUUUUGUAGAGUAAAGGGCUGUCAUGGCCAAUAUUCGGCUGGAUUUUAAGGCGAGUGCCGGGGAUGCGGACCCCCAGACAAGGCCGCUUCUGGUAUUGGGACAGCUGCCCAACCUGCACCUAGUACCGUGGAGGGAACUUCAGGGGAAGCUGCAGCCUAGAGUCACGGAAGAGGUUUGGAAAACAGCACUAAGCACGCUGAGUCCAAAUCCCACAGACAACUGUCCCCUUUACCUAAACUUUGCCACUGUCGCAGCUCUGCCUUCACGUGUGAGUCGACAUAACAGCCCCUCUGCUGCGCAUUUCAUCACCCGUUUGAUCCGAAACUGCCUCCCAGGAGGAGCAAAGAGAUGUUUCAUGGUUUGUGAGCGAUCUGAGGUUUUUGCCAGAGCUUGUGCCAUAGCUCGGGCCUUUCCGUUAUUCACUCGCAGAUCCAGUGCAUCCAGAAGCUCUGAAAAGAAAUGCAUCACUGUAGAAUUUCUUCUUAUUGGGCAGAACAACGGACCAUUGGAAGUUACCACCUUCAAGUGCCUGGAGAGCACCACCGAGGGGGUGAGGCUGGCAGCACGCAUUGUGGAUACACCAUGCAACGAGAUGAACACUGACCACUUUAUUGAGGAAAUUAAAGUUGUUGCAAAAGACCUAGGAAUUGUUCCAACAAUCAUCCGUGACAAAGAACUGAAAGACAAAGGAUUUGGAGGUAUCUAUGGAGUUGGCAAAGCGUCAGAGCAUCCCCAUGCACUAGUGAUUCUAAGCCACACCCCAGAGGGAGCGACACAGACCAUCACCUGGGUUGGUAAAGGCAUUGUGUAUGACACAGGAGGACUGAGCAUUAAAGGCAAGACCACAAUGCCAGGAAUGAAGAGGGAUUGCGGAGGAGCAGCAGCUAUUCUGGGAGCUUUCAAGGCUGCAAUCAAGCAGGGUUUUAAAGACGACCUUCAUGCCUUGUUCUGUCUGGCUGAGAAUUCCAUUGGGCCCAAUGCCACUAGACCAGAAGACAUUCAUGUUCUGUACUCUGGAAAAAUGGUUGAAAUUAACAACACAGACGCAGAAGGUAGACUUGUGCUGGCAGAUGGUGUCUCUUAUGCUAGCAAAGAUCUGAAUGCAGAUAUCAUUCUUGAUAUGGCUACUUUGACAGGGGCUCAGGGAAUUGCUACAGGGAAAUACCAUGCUGCCAUACUGACAAAUAAUGAGGAGUGGGAGACAGCUUGUGUGAAAGCAGGAAAGAAGUGUGGAGAUCUUGUUCACCCAUUGGUUUAUUGUCCAGAGCUGCAUUUCAAUGAGUUCUCUUCAGCACUGGCAGACAUGAAAAACUCUGUAGCAGACCAGGAUAAUGCCCAGAGUUCCUGCGCAGGGCUCUUUAUUGCAUCUCACAUUGGGUUUGACUGGCCAGGAGUGUGGGUGCAUGUGGACAUUGCAUCACCUGUCCAUGCUGGCGAGAGAGCCACUGGCUUUGGCGUGGCUUUGCUGCUUUCCCUGUUUGGCCAUGCCUCUGAGGAUCCACUUCUGAACAUGGUUUCUCAGCUAGGGGAGAAUAAUAUUACAGACAGCCCCGAGAGGGAUAUGAAGAGGAGACGUCUGGUGUGAUUACACAACCACAGUAUGCUGCAGCAUGAAAAUAUUUUGUGCUGCAUAUAAACCUGCAUCCUUAGUCCCUGUGUACUUGAUCACAGCCUACUCCUGUUGUGAACAUACAAACAUACCCCCACUGCUGUGCUUUUGCAUUGCUGUUAUGCCGAUGGAAGUAGUCUUUAAUGUUUCUUUUUCUUCUGAAGGUCUCUUCGUCAUCGUACACUCUAACUACAAUUUAUACAGAGCUCAACAUUGAACUGUUGG